UGUUGCAGGAAGUGAAGCAGUCAUGGCGCCUUCUGUAGCGUUGCUCUCUGAAUCUGUGCUCGGAUGGUCCAUUUUCACCAUCGUUUUACUGGUGAUUGUGGUCUUCUGCUGGGUUUACAUCAGGAAGUACCAGAGCCGUCAGGAGAGCGAGGUGAUCUCCACCAUCACAGCGAUAUGUGCUCUUGCUGUUGCCCUCAUCACAUCGGCUCUUCUGCCUGUGGAUAUCUUUCUAGUGUCUUUCAUGAAGUACCCCAAUGGCACAUACAAGGAUUGGUCUUCAAACAAUGAGACCAGGCAGCAGAUUGAAGACACAGUUUUGUACGGCUACUACACUCUGUAUUCCAUUAUUCUGUUCUGUGUUUUCCUCUGGAUCCCCUUUGUGUAUUUCUACUAUGAGGAAAAAGAUGAAGACAACAGCAACAAGUGCUCGCAAGUGAAAAAUGCACUGAAGUACACAAUAGGAUUUGUGAUUGUGUGUGCAGCGCUGCUUUUGAUUGGGACGUUUGUGCCCUUGGCGUCUCCCCCAAACCAGAACUCUACUCAGUGGGAGAAGGUGCAGUAUCUGUUCGAGGAGCUGGGCAGCAGCCAUGGCCUGGCUGCCCUGUCGUUCUCCAUCAGCACGCUCACCUUGAUUGGCAUGCUGGCAGUGAUCACAUAUACGGCAUACGGGAUGUCCGUCCUGCCACUGAACCUGAUAAAAGGCACGCACAGCAUCCUGUAUGAACGCCUGGAGAACACCGAGGACAUGGAAGAGGUGGAGCACCAGAUAGACAAGCUCAAAGCCCAGUGUGCAGAUGGGCGUCCUCUCUCUAUUAGAGACAGGAGAAACCUCCAGGAUCUUGAAGCCAAACUUCAGGUGCUCAAUCGCCGAGGGCAUCACCUGGAGAUUGCAGAGAGGAACUGCUGUAAUAAAGUGGGCAUUGCCCUGCGCCCAGUGAAGAUACUUCUCGGGAUCUUCUUCAUCCUGGUUGCCCUUUUGUUCAUCGUGGCCUUGUUUAUUUCAAAUCUGGAUAAGGCUUUACAUUCAGCUGGUAUCAGCACUGGAUUUAUCAUCUUUGGGACCAACUUAACCAACCCUCUUAAUGAGCUAUUGCUGGCCCUACAACCUGUUUUCCCUCUGGACUAUGUUCUUAUCACCAUCAUCACUAUGUAUUUUUUCUUCACCUCCAUGGCCGGGAUCCGUAACAUGGGUAUCUGGUUCUUCUGGAUACGGCUGUAUAAAAUCAGACCUCAGAGAACCCGACCGCAGGCCCUGCUCUUCCUCUGCAUGAUCCUCCUCCUGAUCGUCCUCCACACCAGCUACAUGAUCUACAGUCUUGCCCCGCAAUAUGUCAUGUACGGCAGCCAGAAAUACCUUCUGCAGACCCCACUGCCCACAGCAGACAAUCACACCGCUGCCAUCACGAAGAUAUGUGACGCUGACGCUCCUGAAGACCAAUGCACAGUAACAAGAUCAUACCUGUUCCUGCACAAGUUUUGGUUCUUCAGCACCAUCUACUAUUUUGGCAACUGGGCUUUCCUUGUGGUAUUUAUUGUUGGUUUAAUUGUUUCGUGUUGUAAAGGGAAGAAAUCAGUGAUUGAAGGUGAAGUUGAUGCAGAUGAUUCUGAUCUCAGUGAUGAUGAAUAUGUGCACUAACUCCCAUUCACAGACGUACGUUAAUAUUCAACUGUUGUAGUUCACAUUUAAAGUCUUGUUUUUAUGAGGUUUGGUUAAAAGUCAAAGGAUUAGGUCCCCAAAGAUGGAAAUUCUGUCAACACUUGCCUUUAUGUUGUUCCAAACCCUUAUGAGCCUUUCUUCCAUGAAACACAAAAUGAGAUCACCAUUCCCACCACAAGAUCGUCUCAGUCACCAUUCACUCUCAUUGUAUAGAAAAAGAUACAAUGAUAGUGCAUGGUGGCUGAGGUGAACAUUCUAACAUCAUCUUUUGUGUUCCACAGAAUAAAUAAAGUCAUACAGGUUUGGAAUGACAUGAGUAUGACUAAUAAUGACAGAAUUUUCAUUUGUGAGUGAACAGUUGUACUGUUUUGUUGCUGAGCAAAAGCAUUUCAUCUUAAGUUAAUCUUUACUGAGUUUGAGAGAGAAAUAUUUACAUUCUUUAAGACUAAAUUUAUUGUGAAAUGAUGCCAUAUAGAUCUCGUGUCACUAUAGGCAUUGUCACAUUUAACUGAUAGUAGUCUGAUAUGCUAACCUGGCCCUACUACUGACCCUUACUAAGGGUGUGUAUGCAUGUCAUUUUGAAGUAAUUCAAAAAAAAAUUUUUUUAUGUUUGAGCAUAUGUAUAUUAGAAAUAAAUUGCAAAAGUGUGAUUUUUUUUGUUUUGUUUAGUUUUUUUGUUGAUUCAUAUUAAAAGGUUGCAGAUUAUUUAUUGAAGAGUUUUGUUAUGCAGUGUAUAUCUGUAAUUUUGCAUUUAGGCAUAAUGCUCUAUUGUUUUUGAUGUGUGCUUUAAUGAUAAUUUAAUAUCUGAGGUUGAAUUAUUAUUAUACUGCAAAACAAAUCGCCUGUUGAUUAUUUCACAUAGAUUUUGAGUACAAGUAUUGAAUUGACUUGUAUUGAACUAAGACACAAUAUAUGAGAGAGUGAAUUUCUCAUGCAGUAUUGGCCUGUUUAGGGUUAUCUGAAAUUAAUUAUCUGUUUUAAUGCGGUUUAGAACCAUUAAUAAAGAAUUAAAA